AUGGGGCCAGGGGCCGGGUUCAGGGCCGGUUGGGCCGCAGCUGGUGCGCCCAAAACAAAGAUACAUAUUUGGCAUGUAACCAUUCCGAACUCCGAACUCCGCGAAGCUGUCAUCAAUUCUGCCCCUGUAAUGUUUGAGACCGGACGCCGGGUGUCAGCAUCCAUGCCACCAAGAUCCCCAUCAGUCAGUGGUUCUCAAGCGAAGACCGCACAUCUUCUGGCACAAACCGCUUUUCCCCAUACUCUCAAGUUGCGAUCGAUGAACAGUGAAAACCAAACCGAAUCGCUUCUGAGGGCUAGUUCCUCCGGAAUGGGUGCCUGUUGA